AGGGAAACUCAGUUUGAUCUGAGCUUCUUAAUUACAUUUAUAUAAUAUAAAGUAUGGAUGAUAGAGGAGUCAGAGCCGGAUGCCAAUCAUUUCUCAGAUGUAAUCAUGAAAAUGAACCAUGACCAUCUUCCAUCAUAUUGUCUCUGAAUACAGGAAGAAUAUGGACCAAUACAGAUCAAUGCUGGAACUAUUAUUAUUAUUUAAUAACAAUAUUGAACAGGCUCAGUCACAAAGCAGAAAUGUUCAGAGAAAAGAUGAACUUUGUCUAAUAAAACUAAAAUGUAUCUUUAGUUUUCCUAAAGAUACAUUUUGGUUUUAUUUCAACAUUGAUUAUAGAGUUUACAGGUUGUCCUUGAAUGCAUCAUGAUGCCAUUUUGGUCACAUCUAGCUCUGUAGAUCUGCAGCAUCUUUCACAGAAUGUCAGAGGCCUGAAGCCCGGUUCUAGAGAGGCGACUGGUUCUGCUUCGGUUCAGUCCAGAUAAGAGCUGAAGGUGUGUGUGUGUGUGUGUGUGUGUGUGUGUGUCUGAGUUUAGCUGCUGUCAGCACUCAGACUGCUGACUCUGUCUCAGCUGAUCAGCUCAGCACAGACUCGUCCUGAUCACGCGUGUCAACAUGUUAUAAACAUGAUCCUGCUCUGAUCGUCCCAGAAGCUCAUGGAACUGGUUCUGGUUCUGAUCCGACAUGGACUCAUACUGAUGGUUGACUGAAGCAGAAACAUGAAGCUCAGACCAGCUAAGGCUCCAAAUAAAGACUGGAUUCUCUGAGAAUUAUCUCUAGCCAUCAAGUUGGUCAAAAAUAAAUAAAAUUUUAAAAAAUUAACAUUUAUUUUGAAAUUGCAAAUUAAACAUUUCAGAUUUUACUUUUAAAUUUUUUGUCGAUUUAACAGAUUUACCAUAAAUCAGACCUGGAAAUCAGAGAAAUCUUCCAUGAAGAAUCUCAACCUUUUAAAUAUUAUUUUCCCUCCUGAUUCCAGUUUGUAUUUAAAAAGCAUCAAACUUCCAGUUCAAACCUUCAUCCUGAUGAAUGAACCUCUGAUCACUUCCUGUCAUCCUGACAGUUUCAGGAACUCUUCCUCAUUCCACCAAACAAAACAAAUGAGCGAUCCAGAUAUAAUGGUGUUUGUGAUGCUGUAUGGUGCAACAUUAGGGCCAAAAUUAAGAUGACCAAACCCAGGAGGCUUCAUCCAUUCUGAAGCAGCUACUUUAAAAAUCAAACUGGAUAAAAUAUGAGACUUUCAGCUGCUUCCAUUUCCAUUGACCUGCUGGUUUAAAGCAUCCGGGUGAGUUUCAGCAAAAAAUGUUUACCUGAAUGUCACAAUGACGUCUGAGGCUUUAAGGUAAUUAAUGUUGUCAUCCUGCAUUGUUAUAAGUUACAGGCAGCCUUAGAUCUUCUCUGAGAUUUUCUUUUCUCAUUUUCUCAGCUGCAUUGUCUUUGCCUCUGUUUUUACUUUCAUACAUUUUUAUUCUUUUUUUCAGUUUUCUGACAUGGAAAUUAGUAGAAUCAUGGUUGGCUACAUGCCUCAAACAGAACUGCAGACAGUAAAAUAGAGGUGAAUGGAGAGUAUCGUUUAGUUUUAAAACAGGAAGUCAGGGAUGGAGCCGAUAACGAAGCUGAAGUUCUGGGCCUCAAUUUCAUAAUAAAAAUGUUGGAAUGACUUCAGCAGAUGGAAAUCUGUUCCUCUCAUCAUUUACAGCAGAACCCUGGAAACCAACUCCAGCUCCGUUUAACUGGUCAGUGUUUGUAGUUUACAUGUGGAGUUUCCUUAGAGCCAGUGUGCACGUGUGAGCGUGCACGUGGGAUGCAGUAAACAGAGCUGCAGACGGACGCUGCAGAUCUGCCUGCAGGAUUACAGAGUAAUGAUCAGCAUGCUGACCACGCUGUGUGCAGAGAUUAUAAAUACAUGUGAUCAGCUGCUAAACAAGCUUCUCCAUCUACAGUCGACUCCAUCUCAGGCUUUCUUCAUCCUCACCUGCUGCUUCAGUUUGAGACCCGUUGGUCAGGAUGAGUCCGAAACACGUUGUCUUCAAGAAGGUCUCCAGAGACAAGUCUGUGGCCGUCUACAUGGCGAAGAGAGACUUUGUGGAUCACUGUGACUCUGUGGAUCCAGUCGACGGCGUGAUUGUGAUCGACCCAGCACAGCUGAAAGGAAAGAAAGUUUAUGUGAUGCUGUCGUGCACGUUUCGAUACGGUCGUCAGGAUAUGGAUGUGAUGGGCGUGGCCUUCAGGAGGGACCUGUUCGUGGUGACCCGGCAGGUUUACCCAGAGUUGCAGGACAAAGAGAAGCUGACCCACUCCAAGGUCCAGCAGAAGCUUCUGCACAAACUAGGAGACAGCGCCUACCCUUUCUUCUUCGAGUUUCCAGACAACCUGCCGUGUUCUGUCAGUCUGCAGCCCGGUCCGAAUGAUGUGGGAAAGAAAUGUGCGGUGGAGUUUGAGGUGAAGGCGUUCCGUGGGGAGAAUCAGGAUGAGAAGAUCGAUAAACAGAGCUCAGUUCGUCUCACCAUCCGAAAGAUCCAGUUCAGUCCAGAGAACACUGAAGUGACUCCAUUCGCAGACAUGACCUUUGAGUUCUUGAUGUCCGAAAAACCUCUACAUGUCAAGCUCACCCUUCCCAAAGAGACGUUUUACCACGGUGAGCCGGUCAAAGCCAACGUUGAAAUCACCAACUCCUCCAGCAGGAACAUCAAAGACAUCAGUUUGUCAGUUGAGCAGGUGACCAAUGUGGUGCUCUACUCCAACGACAAAUAUGUGAAAUCUGUGGCCAAAGAAGAGACUGAGGAUUCGGUUCCCUCUGGUACCACACUGAAGAAGGAGUACACUCUGUACCCUCUGCUGGCGUACAACAAGGACCGCAGAGGAAUCGCUCUGGAUGGACGGCUGAAACAUGAAGACACCAACCUGGCUUCGUCCAGCAUUGUGAAGCAGGAGGUGCUGAAAGAGGUCCAGGGGAUGCUGGUUUCCUACAAGGUGGUACUGAAAAUGAUAGCCUCCGGGACGGUGGGGUCCAGUGAGGUUUCUGUGGAGGUGCCCUUCAAACUGAUGAACCCAAAAUCAGAACCAGCGAAGGACAGUGAACCUGACGACAUGGUGUUUGAAGACUUUAAACGGGCCUACCUGAAGGGCGUGGUCUACGGAGAUGAUGAUGAGUCUCCAGCUGAGGCCUAAACUACAAAGAUGGCCGACAGCAUCGACUGCUCAGUUCUUCACCUAAAGAUCAAUGGACAUUCAGGACAGAGGAGUCAUCAGAGGAACCUCACAUGGUUACCCUGCAAGAUGCCUGUUGUGAAGUCCUCAGAGUUAGAUAGUGCCUGUAGUUGUUAACCUCUGACAGUUCCUCAGUGGAGGCGUAGCUCAAAUCUGUAUGUCCCUCUGUAGAGGUGGAGGUACCUAAGGGGCGGGGCUACAUAUAUUUGUAGUAUUGUUCUGUUGAUUCUAGUGAAUCAGAUACAGACCAGAGUUCAGAAUGUAAUUUUUAACUGUUCUCAAAUUA